CGAGAGUCCAUCGUCACAUUCUUACAAUUCACCGUCAAAAUAAAAUUAUACACAACCAUGAAGAUCGCUGCCGUCCUUGCCCUUGUUGUCUCGUAAGUGGACCAUAGUCUAUUGUAGUAACCAUCGGUCUUCAGGCAUCGCACGGGAAAAGCGAUAACUUCCAACCAUCGGAAGAGAAGGGCAGGGGCGCAAUCCUCCACACGGUUUUGCGCAUAACUGUUUGGGGACAGUCAAUCCCAUUGUCUCGCAUUUGAUCGUAAUGGAAGUAUUUUUUAGCUUUGCCCUAUCUCACUUUGAUCUUCAUUCUAUACGUCGCUUCGUGUUAACGCCGUGUGAUCAAUUUCGUACAGCUCCGUUGCCGCUUUCGCGCCUAACGGACAGGUCCGACAAACCACAGAACUCGCCGCCGAGCGCCGUGAAUUCAUGUCCUCGGCUGCCGCUGCCUUGGGUGUUGCCGGACUCACCGCUUUCGCCCCUGAAGCCAAGGCCGACCGUGAUUAUGCCGGUGUUGGUCUUUUGGGAGGUGGUAACGUUGUCGAUGUUAACAACGCUAACGUCCGAGUGUACUUGAAAAUGCCUGGUCUUUACCCUGGUGUCGCCGGAAAAAUUGCCUCCAACGGACCUUACAAGACCGUAGGUGACUUGUACGGCAUCCCGGGACUUUCCGGUGCCGAAAAGGACUUGAUCAAGAAGUACGAAAGCCGAUUCACCGUCACUCCUCCUUCCGCUGACUACGUUAUCGACAGAAUCAACAACGGACUUUACCGUUAAAUCAUGCAGCGCUCCAAUUUGCCGCAACAACUGACACGUUGACGCCUCCCGGUCCCGGACAUUACUUCAGGCACGAAGGAUGUCGAUGACACCGGUAGAAUUUUUACAGCGAGAUGUGUCUUAAAGGAUGAGAUAAAUGUAUUUAUGCUACACUAGAUAAAUAUUAGAUCAUUUAUUGAACUGCAUCAAUUGUGUGUUUCRGCAUUCAACACCAAAUGUCAAGGGGAAUGAAGAUUAUCCCGUUAG